AGCCGGUUGACAUAAAUAAACAAAACUGGUGUUCCUGAUCUUUUGAGUGUUACUUGAUGUCUGUUUGUGCGUAUUUUAAAGUGUUGUGCUUGAUAUUUCGCAGAAAAUAAGUAAUUAGCUAAAAGAAAUGUCGCAGACUUCGCAGAACGUGCGUCUUCAGCUGCAACGAGUGAUUGCACGAUUUAAGUUUGAAGAAUUGGAAUUAGCAGUGCUACCCAUUUUCCCUGAAUUGACGUGGAACAAUUUAAGGUCGUUGUUGAUGGAGCAUCAUCAAAAUUUUACAACUCGUGCAUCUAUUAGCAUCAUCGAACAAAUUAUAACAGCUGCAAGAAUUGGAAACAAUGACUUGAGAGAUCGACUAUCAAUCCUAGAAGUGAUAGAGGUGAGUCGGCAUUCGAAUCACAGAAUUUGGACAUGCCACGAAUUACGUGGCGAGACAAUGACAACGUCUGGUUCUCAAUCAGACAGCGAAAUACGAGACAGAGUUGCGAAAGCAUUUUUGAGAAGUAUCCAAAAAAUGGAAGUGCAAAUUACGUCACAUAACGGGAUAACUUUCUUGACGCUACGAUCAAGCAACCAAUCUACAACUCGACGAGUCAAAAAAGGCGAAACUUUAUAUUUUGCCCUUUGUAAAGGGGAGAAAUAUUUCUUUAGUGGGAAGAAAAAUUUAGGGAAAGAUUAUUUAAUGGCUAUGGCGCAAGGUUUGGGUUACACCAACACAAAGCCUAGCAAACUGUCUGGUAGAGAAUUGAAAUCGCUCAUAAAGCUGCUCAGGGCUAAACAGCAAGGAGCGAUAAACAAUGAACAUGUAUCUGGGCCUCCUGUGUAUCCAGGCCUGCAGCCUGUAGUUCGAAGCACAGGAAUAGACUUUACUGAAUCUAAACAAAGAGGGGAAUUUAUAGAUAAAUGUUUUGGGACUGAGCCGCCGAAAACCGAGAUGCUGGCUGUUAAUAUUGCUUCUGAAACAUGGGACUGUCCAGAAUUAGUUCCUGAAAUGGAGGGAGAAUCUGGAAUUUGCAAGUGGGAAUUUCACAGCACCUACAUACCAGGCAUGAUGAAGAAAUUGGUACAACGUCGUGUUCUGACUAUUCCAUUACCAAUUUAUGUUCAGGACAUGUUGAUAAUAGGGAGAAAUGAAACGACUUUGCGUUCAUGUUGAGCAUUUUAAAACGCAGCAUUUAUCAAGCUAGGAACAAUGGCACUCUGCAUACCAAGUUGACAAUGGUUCUGGGGUACUAAUGACAAUAUUUAAUUAUUUCGAUACUGGUUAGAAGCUUUUAAUGACAAUGCUCAAUUAUUCAGUCAGUUCGAAAUAAAUUCUGUGAUUAAUAAGAUUUAUUUUGGGCGUUUGUCCACCCAAAAUAACGAUGCAAACGGUGCUAGCGAUAUCUGUUUUAAGAGGAAGCUAUCAUUUUUUGAAAUUUU